UUCAUGUGUGAAUUUUUGAUUGACUUGUUGUAUAGAAUUUUAAACCCAUCAAAUCCAGUUAAAAUUCGUUGUGUACACAGUAAAAUUCUUGUAUUUGCAUUUUUUCUUACAUUGUCUUGGUCUACUGUGUGUUCUGUUGUUCUUACAGGAAGUUCAUGUUCUACUAUCAAGAAUCAGAUUGCAGAUUCUGUUCGGAGAUUUCCAUUAAAUUGUGGUAAUAUGUCUCCAUCUAAUAUGAAAUGCCCAAAAGUUGAUGUUGUUAGCGUUAAACGGGACCCUAAAAAGUCGGUUGUUGGACAAAAAAAUGCCGACAAGGACGAGAAUAAGGUUCGUCUCUUAAAAGAGUCGUGGGAGUGUGAAUCGGAGAAACUGGCAGCAGUUAUUGCCGAGGCUAAACGGUACAUUAACGAGUUUGAUGCUAAGCAUAACUAUACGGAAUCGAAGAACUCGGAAAAGAGAACGAGAGAAAAUCACUGUCCUGAAUUUCAGGAUUUCGAUGAGAAAAAGAUGAAGGUUGAGGAAGACGACAGUGAAGAGGAAGAAGUUUGCGUUGUAUCGCCCGCAGAGUGGACAGGUUCGAAAUCUGGUUUCAAGAACGGUGUCGACUCGUCAAAGGGUAAAAUAGGAACAAACCCACGAGGUGUUUCUGAUUGUCAGGUGGCUGCAACUAAACGUGGAGAAAAAAACAUUGAAAAAUCAAGAAAAUCGAAAACUCUUACGGAGGUUUGUGUGUUGGAUGACGUGUCGGGUGGAAGAGAGAAGUUGCCGAUUCGUGCGUUGAACGGAGUGGACGAAGAGCGGCCCCCGACUUUCACUUACGACACCAUCAUGGAAUAUCCGUAUUGGUAUCGGCUAAUUAACCCCGUCGGUUGCGAUUGCGUGGACGGUUGCUCGGAUUCCGAACCGUGCGCUUGUGUGUUGAAGAACGGGGGCGAGAUCCCGUUUAAUGAAAAUGGAAAAAUAAUAAGGGCGAAGCCUAUAGUUCACGAGUGUGGCCCUUUAUGCAAAUGCCCCCCUUCUUGUAUGAAUAGAGUAAGCCAAAACGGGCCCCGCUAUAAAUUGGAGAUUUUCAAGACUGAGUCGAGGGGUUGGGGUGUGAGAUCUCCGAGUUACAUUUCUUCCGGAAGCUUCAUAUGCGAGUACAUUGGGAAGCUAUUGAGGGAUAAAGAAGCGGAAAAGAGAGUUGGCAAAGAUGAAUAUUUGUUUGAUAUAUGCGAUGAUUCUCACGAAGAAGAAGGUCAAGGGAAAGUUUGUUCGAAUGAAAAAUCGAGUGUUGAUGGAUUUGCUAUCGAUGCUGCAUUGUACGGGAAUGUCGGGAGAUUUAUCAACCAUAGCUGCUCACCUAACCUUUAUGCACAAGAGGUUCUUUACGACCAUGACGACAGGAGAAUGCCACACGUUAUGUUCUUUGCCUCAAAGAAUAUACGUCCUAUGAAAGAGCUGUUUUAUGAUUAUAAUUAUAAGAUGGAUCGAAUUUGUGACGUCAAUGGGAAUAUUAAGACCAAGGAUUGUCAUUGCGGCUCACGAAAAUGCACGGGGAGGAUGUACUAGCUAUCGACACGGCAGAUCCUUCGUUUUCUUUGGUUCAACUUCUAUGUAUGGUUAGGGUUAGUAUUGGUAUUUUUCUUUUCUUUUUUUCUUUUUUUUUUUGUUGGGAUAUGUUAGGAGUAUUGUUAAGUGAUGUAUUGAAAAGUGGAGUUGAAUGAGUUACCUUUUUACCCUUAUUUUCAUUUUCACAUGGUUUUU